AUGUUCUUCUUUAUAGGUUAUUACUGCCUCAUCUCCAGGUCCCAGUGGGGGGCCUCUAGCCCAGUGGGUCAAGCAGAGCUUGCCAGGGCUGUGGAAUACGUCUUCAUCCGCGAUACAAUAGGAGAAGCCUGUUUCACUCAGAUCUCAUGCUCCGCCCUUGUCAAAAGCAUACAGGAUCAGCAUAUGAACACGUUUGGCUGGUACGACAUCGGCUACAACUUCCUCAUAGGCGAGGACGGCUACGUCUACGAGGGUCGCGGCUGGAACACGAUUGGAGGUCACACCAUGGGCUACAACAGCAAAAGUGUGGGUAUCGGCAUGAUCGGCAGCUUCAGGACGCGAGUCCCCAGCAGUGAGGCUCUCAACACCCUCGCGGCCCUCAUUGCUGACGGAGUCAUGAUGGGAAAGAUUCGGUCCAACUACACCCUCAGAGCCGAGAACGAGAUAAACAACGCUGACUGUCACGCGAAAGCUCUGUGCGACCUCAUCAGAGCGUCGCCACACUAUUGAAAUAUCCAUUUUACAAGCCAUAUGUUUGUGGUAUGCUAUUUUGAAUAAAUGUCUGUAUGGACAGAAAUCUCUGA